AUGUACAAGAAAGAUUUGAAGGAGAGUGUAGAUCACAACCAAGUCCUGCAGGUAGUUGCUUUUGCAAGAAUACCUUAUUUGGAAGGGUUCCUGCCCACGGGUCAUGGGGAUUACAGUGCAAGACCAGCUCUGGUCAAGUUCUUGUGCUCCAGUGUCGUACUCGCUGUCAAGCCCUGCUGCAAGAGCUCUAGAGUGUAUCCCACCUGGAUCACUGAGCCCCUCACCCCCCAGAGCAUGGAAGAAAUUGGGGAGAGAGGGGAACAAGAUGGAUUUUAUUACCAUGGUACAGUGAAAGAGGAGAUAGAGAUGAAUGAUGGUUGCUGUCUGAGUGAAAGGGUCAUGUUCCUGGUAGAGGUUGCCAAACCACUGGUGUCACAUGGAAGGCAUCCAGUGUGUGUGCAAAAAACAGCAAAGGAUGACAUCCUGGAAUAUAUGAAUAGGAUGAAACAUUCCUCACAGCCUGGAGACAAAGUGCUAACACCCUGAGAGCCAGAUAUGACCAGAUACAGCCCAGGAACUCUCCUAGGUAUUGAGAAAAGGGACCCCUCCUCAGAAAAUGAAGAGUUUAUGGUCCAGUUAUGGAAUGACAAGAGUGUGGCUCUGUGGAUCACUCCUAGCUUGUGAGAGAAGAUUGCAGAAAUGAUCCUCAUGCCCCUCACCAGCAGGGUGAAGCCCAGAGAAAGGUGGGACUCUAACUCUUGUAUUUUUCCCCUGAUUCCUAUUUGUGCUGUAUGUAGCUUCAUGAAGCAUUGCUUGCUCUGCUCACCCUGCUGGCCACACUUUCACCACCACUGUGACAGUGGUAUAUGCUGUUUGUCAGCAUGUGUAAGUUGCACCUGCUGCUGCCAUCUGCAUGGUGAUGUCUGGUGGCCUCUUCCAUCCCAGUCUCUGGUCUUUCAGAACAGAUCUGAAGAGGCAGAGUCCAGCAGUGAUCCCUCUCCAUGCCUUCUAGAACUGAAAGGCACAAAACAAGAAGCUGCAGCUGUGGCAACAUCUUCCCUUCUGAUUCAGUGGGACCUGAAGCCUUUCCCUGCUAAGAGUACCAUGGUGCACAAUGCUGUUAACACAGGCUCUGACUGUCUUGAAAAGGCCAGGCUAAAGGAUUCUGCAAGACCUGAGUGGAAAUACUGGAAAAGAAGCCAUCACAAGUCCCAUUCUAGUAAUUCAGCUCUUCUUUUGGCAACUCAUCCCACGGAAAACUACCAGAAAAUUAAUUUUAUACAAUUUUCCUCCUUCCCAGGACUCAGCAGUUGCAGCAGCACCUGUACAAAGGGCAGGCUGGAAUCCAAAGCCAUCUCCACUGGGGUCAUGUCCCAUAUGGCCCCAAUUAAUCCAAGGGCAAUGUCUGAAAUCGUCAAGCAAUCUCCCAGAGGUGAAAGAAACCUUAGGAGACCAGGAUUUCAAGCCAUCAUUGGGGGUAAAGAAGGUUUAGCAGCAUCAGAGAAACAAAGAUAUAAACCAGCAUCAGAUGAUAAAUGUAAAGCAACUUGCAUUGGAGAUGACAAACUUGAUGUUACAGACCAUGUCAGAGCUACUUGCAGCAAAGCAGAGUGUGACAUGAUCAGCCAGAAUUCAGUACCUGUACAACUGAUGAAGGUUGCUGCCAAGUUUGAGCUUUACUGGGUGCUGCAGAAGCUUCAGUCCUCUGGAAAGAAAAAGAUCCUGUUUUCUAGUGAUACAACAUACAAGGCAAAUUCAGCCCAA